AUGGCAACAGUGAAAAAGAUCAAACAAGCAGUUGCUGUUGCUGGAGGUAUAAUAGGAGGGAUCCUUUUAUGUGUUCUCAUUGGAAUAACUGCAUACCUGCUCUGGAAGAAAUUUUGCUGGCUCAAUUCAUAUGAAAAGCUCACUGGUGCUGUCAAAAUGACAAAUGCAAAUGCUGUUUUUCGGGAUCAGUCUGAAAUUCAACUAGAAAGCACAAGAUCCAGAAGUGUUCCAUUUAUCAUUCCACCAACACUGCAUGGGCAAGACUGGAUUAAUCGGAUGAACGAAGAAUAUGUUCAGGAAGACAGUGACCCCUACAUGAUUCCUCAGUCUGGGCCCCGGUCAUCGUUCCAUUCUUUGGCUGGAGCUUACGUUGUAGGGACUGUUAACCCAGAGCUGUACAAAUUUCCUGAAGACAAAAGCGAGACAGAUUUUCCUGAAGGCAACAUUGGCCGCCUCUGGUUCUCCGUAGAAUAUGAGCAAGAGUCAGAAAGGCUCCUCGUCUCUUUGAUCAAAGCCAGAAAGCUGCAGCCUCCCGCUGAUUCCUGUAGUCCAUUUGUGAAAGUCUACUUGCUGCCUGAUGAAAGAAGCUACUUGCAGUCCAAAAUGAAAUGCAAAACCCUUAACCCGCAGUUCGAUGAAAGCUUUGUUUUUCAGGUUUCCAGUAAAAUGUUGUUCCAACGGACUCUGAAGUUUUUGGUUUAUCAUGUCGAUAAACAGAAGAAACAUCAUCUCCUAGGCCAAGUUGUCUUCCCUCUGAAAAAUGAAACAUUAAUCGAUGACAAGAAGCUAGUCAUAUGGAGAGAUCUGGAGAAAGAAAACUUGGAGCCUCCUUCAGAGUAUGGUGAUAUCCAGUUCUCCAUCAGCUACAAUGACUACCUGGGCCGUCUCACUGUAGUGGUUCUGAGAGCAAGGGGAUUAAAGCUCCAGGAGGAGAGCCAUACUAUCAGUGUGUAUGUCAAAGUCUCACUAAUGAACCAUAAUAAAUUCAUCAAAAGUAAAAAGACAGCAGCUGUUCUGGGAUCUCCCAAUCCAGUGUAUAAUGAAACCUUCAGUUUCAAGGCAGAUCAGACAGAGCUGGAUACAGCAAGCCUAAGUCUAUCAGUGCUCCAGAGUAUCAAGGAUGAAAAAACACAUCUGCUAGGACAUGUAGUAGUUGGGCCUUUCAUGUACACCCACGGCAAAGAACUAGAACACUGGAAUGAAAUGAUCAGCAAGCCCAAGGAGUUGGUUAAGCGAUGGCAUGCUCUCCGCCUCAGCACAUAAACAGCAUGGAUAAAAAAAAAUCCCCAAUCAACCUUAAAAUUCAAAAGCUCUCACUACUAUUUUUCAUAAUCUAAAGGGUACAAAAAUCUUUGACCAUUUUACACUCUGAAGUAGACAAGAAUAAAGUACGUAAAUUCUUUCCUUACCCAAAUGCAAAUAGAAGACUUGGUCCCUG